GGAACGAACAGCAACAUGUUGAAGCUUCUCCUUAGCCUUCUUGGACUGUGUUUAGUUGGCGCCUUGGGUGACGGCGUUGAUCUGCGUGUCAGCUCGACGACGACGGCGGCGGUGGGCAUUGUGGACUCCGGGCAGGAGAAGAACGACGAUGGCUCAUACCACUUCUUCUACCAGGGCGAGGAUGGCUCGCACCGCGAGGAGACAGCCGUUGUCCACAACGCGGGCACCAAGUCGGAGUUCCUCGAGGUGAGCGGCUCCUACUCGUACUUCGACGGCGACGGCAAGGAGGUGGAGGUGCACUACAAAGCCGACGAUCACGGAUUCGUGCCCGAGGGCAACAACAUCUUGCCGCAGAUCUCGGAGGCCGCCAAGCUGACCAGCGAGCAGCAGCAGCCGGCGGAGUCCGUCCUCGUCACGGACUACAUCAAGCCGCCCAAGUACUAAUAAACACAGAGAACAGACCACUCUUAAAACUUUGUCGAGUUUUUA